GCGAUCAAUCGCACGUCGUCGUGUAAAAAUUGAUUGUGCUCGUCCUGACGCGAAGGGUUGUCUGAUCCCUGAUCGAAUUGACGCUUCGCCAAGCACAUGGUCCGGUGAUUCGACCAUGAUGACCACUCUUCGCAGACUCUUGCCAACCACCGCUGUUAUCGCCUGCAUCCUCUUCUUUAGCCUCUUUCAACACGGGGAUGCAAUUGUCUGCUACCAGUGCAACAGCGAGUACGAUCCUAGAUGCGGCGAUCCCUUUGAUCCAUACAGCCUGGGCACAGUAAACUGCAGUUUUCAACCCCGACUCGAACACCUUGGGAAUGCCGAUCCGACUCUGUGCAGAAAGACCUCGCAAAAAAUAUACGGAAAAGUGCGGGUCGUACGAGGUUGCGGUUUCAUAAAGGAUCCUAGAGACGACAAAGAUUGCGUGGGAAGAAGCGGCACGCACGACGUUCACACAACCUUUUGCUCGUGUACAACCGAUCUCUGCAAUGCAGCAACGACCCCUCCUGCAAGCUCACCAGCAUCCCUGAUUCUCGGUGCCCUAGUCGCCAGGGUUUUCGUCGCUUUUUCGAUGAAACAAUAGUAUCGUCUCACCGAUACAUUACAUUUAUUCGUACAGCGUGUAUGACUGCGAAUUUCAGUCCAAAGGAGGAAUAAUUAUAUCAUUAUUAUAAUUGUUAUACCCCUGAUAUACCUCCAGAGUAUUAUAUGAUCAAAUUUUAUUAUAAUAUA